AAGCCCAUUCAAACUAUGCGUGGCCACUGAGCCGGAUCUUGAAGAUUGAAUGCAUGUUUGGCACGGUACCUAUCCAUCUGAAUCCCCACCUAGAGGCAACAGGUUACUCGUCUCGCCUCCCUCAAAUGCACUUAUAGCGCACGGCUUUUGCACGGCUUUGACUUUCCUCUUCUCCCAGCACUGCGCCUUUUGCACAUGCCUCUCACCAUGGUGGAACCUAACGGCCUGGAUAUUAUGUGUCUGAACAAGUAUAGGAACAGCUCUUCGUCGUCGUCCAGCUCCGAGCAGGACAAGAAGAUUUUCAGCAAACUAAAACUCAGUUUGUCUGAAGACUAUCCAAAGAAGAACGCGGAGUUCCUGAGCGGGCAAUACGGGACCAAUCUGCUGCUGAUCGGGGCUGCAUUGAUGCUUGCCAUUGCAAACAAGAACCCCUCCGUUAAAGAAGAGGAUCUGCGGUCCUUCACUACCUGCCUCAUGAUCCUCCAGCUGCUCUGGAUGAUGUGGUACAUCUUGGUGCGGGACAGGCAAAAGAGCGCACCGCCAGAAAAAGAUGUACACGCCACCUCAGGCUGGAUAAGAGGUGGUUUGACACUCCUUGCACUCCUUUCACUGAUUAUGGAUGCUUUCCGAAUUGGGCAGUAUGUUGGUUUUCAGCCUUGUGUGUCGGCGGUGCUCGUGGUAUUUCCUGUCAUCCACGCAACUCACACUAUGGCACAGGUGCAUUUUCUCUGGUUUCACAUCAAGGAUGUCAUCAAGAGCUUUGAAACAUUUGAGAGAUUUGGUGUAAUCCAUGCAGUCUUUACCAACAUCCUCCUGUGGUGCAGUGGUGUGAUGUCAGAGGCUGAACACUUCUUGAAUAACCACAAGAGAAGACUUUCUGCCCUGGGUCUCAUAAACCUCACUACAGAGUACUCAGAACCACAAUGUAACUGCACCACCAGCACAUGCUCCAUGUUUGCCACCAGCCUCUACUAUCUCUACCCCUUCAAUAUUGAAUACCACAUCUUUGUUUCUGUCUUGCUUUUUGUGAUGUGGAGAAAUAUUGGACGCACCAUUGACCUCACUUCAAACCAUAAAAGGCAGGUUGGCAAAAACCCAGGCUUGAUCUUAGGUCCUCUUGUGGGUCUACUUGCCCUGGCCAGCACUAUCGGGAUACUGGUGGUCUACGUUACUCAUGUAGAGAAGUCAAUCCAAAUGCGAAGAUCAGCCGUUUCCAUGUUCUAUAUUUAUGCCAUUGUCAUGCUGACGGUCAUGUGCAUCGCCGGUGCUUCGGGUCUGCUCAUAUACCGAGUGAACCACAUGCCGCUGGACACCUCCAAGAACCCGUCAAGACAGCUAGAUGCGGAGGUGCUGUUUGGAUCCUCCAUUGGCUCCUGGCUCAUGUCAUGGUGCAGCAUAGUGUCUGUGCUAAGCACCGAAAGCAACCCUCCUUACCGCUGGACAAAUUUAGUCUACUCUCUGUUUAUUGUGUUGGAGAAAUACGUCCAGAAUCUGUUCAUCAUAGAGUCUUUGUAUCGCCAGCAAGAGGAUGGAGAGAGGCAGGACCCAGAGUUACCAGCUGCUCCAGAAGUCUUCUCGGUCACUUCCUCUCUCGCUCCGCCGUACAAUGGCAUCAUCAACCGAACUUUUGAAUCACCAGACAGGAGCUGUGUCACAACUGAGAGCGAGCAGGAGGAGAGUGAGCAGGUGUACGGAUGCCCACGGAAACUUUCAGAUGUGCCAGCACCUGUGGGAAACGAAACAGUGGAACGCCCAAAUAUAAAGAGGCAGAUCCUGAAGAAUAUUGCCGUUUUCCUUAUUAUGUGUAACAUUUCGCUGUGGAUUCUUUCUGCCUUUGGCUGCAGGCCACAGUACGACAACGGACUGGAAGAGGAGACAUACGGCUUCAGCAUAUGGAGCACAGUUCUCAAUUUUGCCAUCCCUUUGAACCUUUUCUAUCGCAUGCAUGCAGUCGCCUCCCUCUUCGAGGUGUUCUCCCGAGUCUGACAAAAUAACAGAUGACUGACAAUGCCAACACGCACACGAACACUUGUCACCACCGGCUCUCAAGAGUGUGUCACAGCGCAGGUCAACCAUUCAGGAGGCAGUUUGGAUCACAGUCCAACAGACUUGAAAGUAAUCUGUGGAGACAAACGUUGAUCCCUCACUGUGGGGAUUGCAGAGGAGGACAAACCUAUUAGACCUGGUUCCUUAAAAGAAUUAGCUUGUGUAAUGCAAGGGUUGUUAAAGCUAGUGAUGAAAAAAAUAUUUGGUUUUAUAAAUUUAGAAAGGGUGCUUUAUACUUUUUAUAUUGUAGUAACAUUACAGUGGGGUUUCUAACAGGUGGAUCAUGUACAAUAUAUGCUUUAGCUGACAUACACUUUAUGUAUUAUUUCAUAUUAGUGACUGAAAACAUAAUUACUAUUGUAAAAUAACAGCCUACCAACAUGAUUACCAUAUAGAAAAAGACUGCAGAGGAACUACAUAAACACUCAUUAGUCUCAAUAUCCAAUAGUACUGUAUUUAACAGCCACAAGCUCAGCGGUGUGCCACCUGACCCUUACUUUAUCUGCAUUUAAAAUGUUCAUACUUUACAUGGAUAAGGUUCUCAUUUGCUUGCCUAAGUAGUUAGGUUAGUGAACACUUAAGCUGUAAGUGCCAAUCUAAGCACAACAAAUUAAAUCAUCUUUUGAGUUGGAUAUUAGUUCUCAGAUGUAGCACUUAAUUCCCUCUCUCAGCCAUUUAAGGUUCCUCAGUGUCUCACUGCGUUCUCAUUUGCUGCUCUGUUGAACUAAUCAAGAAGUUGUGUUGAAAAAGGCUUCUCUUCUGGACCUUGAUAACACUGAACUAAUGUGCAUUAACAGGAUUGUGCUUAAGGACGGGAUUUUUGCAAAACAAACUGUUGCAGUGACAACUGCUGCAUGGCACCGUGGACUGAUGUUUACAUCUGAAGAACCAGCAAUAAAAACCAUCACAUUGACAUAAAUGACAACACUUGCUUCUCUUCUAUUAAAAGCACAGAUAUAUAAUAGUACUGUACAAGUUUGUAUCAGAUCACCAAAUAAUUUCAGACAUUCAGCAGGUUAUGUGCCAAUAUGUGCCAAGUUGUGCAAAAUGUUUUGUUUUGCAGAUUUUUCUGCCAUCUUAGUAAAUACUGUUAUACUGACCAAAAUCAUUUAGAGGGUGUACUAUGAUUUUGUGAAAUUUCAGUUAAAUGGUGCUAUUGAGAAAUGAUGUGUAAAGUU